CCCUUUCAGUAGUCUGUUCUCAGUGCUGAAGCUGCUCGUACAGGGAAGAAGGAUGGCUUCUUCGAGAAUGUGUCAGCUGCUCCUGCGGGCUGCCUCUGUACCCCGGACCGUGUGCCUCAGCAGAGCCUGCACCAGGGCCAUGAGCAGCGGUGGUAUUCCGUCUGAUGAAGAGCAGGCCACUGGACUUGAAAGGAAGAUUUUGCAGGCAUUGAAGAGAGGAGAGGAUCCAUACAACAUUCUGCCAAAGAGCGGCCCAGCAGGAACAAAGGAAAACCCUCAUCUUGUGCCCUCCAUCAACAAACAGAGAAUUGUUGGUUGUGUGUGUGAAGAAGAUAAUUCUGCAGUUAUCUGGUUCUGGAUCCAUGAGGGAGAAGUGAACCGCUGUCCAGAGUGCGGCUCUCAUUACAAGCUUAUGCCGUAUGAGCUUCCACAUUAAAGUGUGGCUUGUGACACUGUCUUUAUCUUAUUAUACCCAGAACAUUUUAUUAAAUUCUUGACCUGUAAAUG